UUGGUCCUGUUAAGUUCAACCCGGCAGGUUGUGGUUGCGUAAUGUUUUAAGAAGUUUGGCUGUAGUGACAACACGUGUCUCUCUUGUAUUCGUAUGGAGUGUCACAUUUUGGAAGGAUUUUAUGGUGUUUUUAGUUAGAUGCACACAUGUAGUUGCUGGCAUACUUCAUCUGCGAAGUCCCUCUCUGAUUAUUAGUGCCAUGUGCAUAGAAAUGAAGUCCCGAGUGGUGCGAUUACCUGGAGUUAGCAGUAGGAAUGGACUAGCAGUGGAGAAUCGCCACAACACUGGAGAGUGGAGAGAAAUUGUGAGCUCGGCUGUGACUGUGUUAAAGCAAGGUGGAGUAAUAGCGGUUCCAACAGAUACUAUCUAUGGCAUUGCUGGUUUGGCACAGAAUUCGGAAGCCAUUGAAAGAAUUUAUGAAUUGAAGGGUCGUAAUGGUAAUAAACCUUUAGCAAUAUGUGUUGGUAGUAUCAAACAGAUUUAUAGGUUUUGUAAAGUCACCGUUCCAGACCAUUUACUUCAGGAUCUUUUGCCGGGUCCUGUAACGCUUGUGUUUGAAAGAUUGGAGGCACUAAAUAAAAACUUAAAUCCCUUUACUCAUCUUGUAGGAGUACGUAUACCAGACCAUGCCUUCAUGCAAGAAUUGGCCCGUGCAUGUGAAGAACCCUUAGCUUUAACAAGUGCUAACAUCAGUUCACAGAUUAGUACGCUCAAAACUGAGGAAUUCCAGGAUCUUUGGUCCCGGCUUGGGCUUGUUAUUGAUGGUGGUCCUAUUGGAGAUGUAAUGAGCCCUGUAUGUCGGUUGGGGUCAACGGUUGUCAACCUGUCGACUCCUGGGAAGUAUAACAUUAUAAGGCAAGGAUGUGCUCUGUCGCAUACUGAGGAAGUUCUGCAGAAGUAUGGGCUCCGUUCAGAAUCAUAACCCUCCAUUUUUCCUGCAAUUUAGAGAGUAACAUUGGAAGACAUUUCAUGCUCUAUCAGUAUCUUUGACUCCACAAGCAUUUUUUGUUCUACAUCAUUUUCAUGUUAUAAAUACCAUGGACCUUGUAAGUGAGCAAUGAAAUCGUGGUGCUUGUAGGACAUCUGGACCUUUGAUUUAAGUGCACUGUCCAGCGCAAGUGUAGUCUCCUCUAGAAACGUAAACUGUUUUCCCCUUUAACAAGAUAAAGACGUUAACAGCCUUCUCAAAAUUUAAUUUGAAUGGUGUUUUAAUAAGGAUAAGUGCUUACUCUUGAAUUAGAUUGUUAAAAUGAAAUGUCUCAGUAUGUUAGUAGCCUCCAUUUAGAAAUAGACAUCAGUCACGUGCAGAGUAGUCUUGGGCAGUGCAUUUAUUUUAGGGAAGGAAGAGCUGUUUAAAACAAACUGGACUGAGAUGGCACAAUGUAGCAACAUUUCAGCAGUCAGCCCUUGUGAGUACGUAAAAUGUGUGUGUCUCUGUGGGUGUGUAUGUGCGUGUGUGGCAGAAUCCCAUGCCAUAUGCAUUUGACAGUAACAUGAUGUUCUGUUAUUAAACACUACCUAGUGGCUGGUUAUAGUGUAAAUACGAAUUCACAGAAAUGAAAAGAAUGACUGCCAGUGGCAAGACUUUUAUGUGACAGUUGCCAUUAGUCUAGAGAGAAAAAAAAGCAUCAGAAGUCCUUUUGCAAUGUUACAGCACUAUCUCUUUUGCAGCUUUCUGCACAGCUAACUCAGGUCAGCUGAUUCUGUAACUAUACAGAUAAUUAUCCUGUAAGAAAAAUCAGUGAUGGGUCCAGGAAAAAGG